GGGCGAUGGGAGAGGAGGAAACUUGAUCCGAGGGCCAGACGGGUGUUGCCCUAGUGACCCAGAAGGGUCUUCUGAAGUGACCCAGUAUCUGUAAUACUCCGGCAAUAAAGACCGACCAGCGGCGGUGAAAAAAAACCUGGAAGGCCUUUCGGCUGCAGUGACGCGGAACAUCUUGUGGCCAGAAACCGAAAGAAGAAAUCGGAAGUGACGUCGCGGUCAAAACAAGCCGGGGUUUGGGGGCCUGCAGUGAAUCUGUGGCCGCAGAUGGAAAGGCCCGACUCGCUGUCGGCUGUCGAAGGUAGUCGCGAGGCCUGCGCUCCUACCCAGUCGGUCGGCAUCCGGCCCCUGUCCUCCUGACCCUCCGGCUGUGGGUGAACUAAUUUCCGCAGCGGUACUUGCGCUGUGUUGGGACUUUUCAGGCGGAGCUGGCGGGUGGCGACCGAGCGGACUUCCCUUACUACUCCUGUCCCCUCCAGCGGGCUUCUGUCCUGGGACGCUGGGACACCUGUCGCCCGUGAGGCAUCAUUCAUUUUCAUAGCCCUUCCUGUCCUUGUAGGACAAUUUCAAGAUUAGGAAGAACCAGGGGUCUCCUGUUACUAGGAUCCACCGCGGACUAGCACAGUUGCCCAGUGUGUCUCUCCCUUCAUCCUUGGGCUCUGACCGAUGGAGAUUUUUCAAUAUCUGAAUUCCAAGAACACAGUGGAUACCACUCCUAUAAAAUGAAGAGGAAAUCAUGAAGGAGUGUUUUAAUUAUUGAAACUACAGUUGAAAUCAUGGCUACAUCAGCAAAUCUGGAUAUUGGAGCCCAGCUGAUAGUGGAAGAGUGUCCCAACAGUUACAGUCUAACUGGCAUGCCAGACAUUAAAAUAGAACAUCAGCUGGACUCGAAUGCAGAAGAAGGAUCAGCUCAGGGUGUUGCCAUGGGAAUGAAAUUCAUAUUACCUAACCGAUUUGAUAUGAACGUGUGUUCUCGAUUUGUGAAGUCCUUAAAUGAAGAGGAUAGUAAAAAUAUUCAAGAUCAGGUUAACUCUGACCUGGAAGUGGCAUCUGUUCUAUUUAAAGCUGAAUGCAAUAUCCAUACAUCUCCUUCUCCGGGAAUUCAAGUAAGACAUGUCUAUACUCCCUCUACAACAAAGCACUUCUCACCCAUAAAACAGUCAACUACUUUGACCAACAAACACAGAGGAAAUGAGGUCUCAACCACACCUCUGUUAGCAAAUUCUUUAUCUGUUCACCAGUUGGCUGCUCAGGGAGAGAUGCUCUACCUAGCUACUCGAAUUGAACAAGAAAAUGUUAUCAAUCACACAGAUGAAGAAGGAUUUACUCCUCUGAUGUGGGCUGCAGCACACGGGCAAAUAGCUGUGGUAGAGUUUCUACUUCAAAAUGGUGCCGAUCCCCAGCUUUUAGGAAAAGGUCGAGAAAGUGCACUCUCAUUGGCCUGUAGUAAAGGCUACACAGAUAUUGUCAAAAUGCUGCUUGAUUGUGGAGUUGAUGUAAAUGAAUAUGAUUGGAAUGGAGGGACACCUUUGCUUUAUGCUGUACAUGGAAAUCAUGUUAAAUGUGUAAAAAUGCUCUUAGAAAAUGGAGCUGACCCAACCAUUGAAACUGACUCUGGGUAUAAUUCUAUGGAUUUAGCUGUAGCCUUGGGCUAUAGAAGUGUUCAACAGGUCAUUGAGUCACAUUUACUGAAGCUGCUUCAGAAUAUCAAGGAGUAGACAUAGUCGUCAAGAAGUGUUGUCUGCCCUUCCAUUUACUUUUUGGCUCUUAUAAAUGAUAGUUUUGUUUACUUAAAAUUUUUACCUCAGUUGCAAAAUUUACUGGUUUUAGUAAGUUUUAAUAUUCCUCUGAGUAAUUCACUAGUUUAUAAUAAAAUUAAUGUUGAUGCUUUUUUAUAAAUGUGUUUUAAUGCAUAUUUAAAAUUAUAAAUUAAUGUUUUGUGGCAUGUAAAUUUUUAUGGUACAGAUAGUUAUCUGUCUUUGUAUCAAGUGCUGUAAUUUAAUAUUUUCAAAAAUUAUUCUACCUUGUUCAUCUUCACUCUUGUAUUAACUCAUCGACUUCACACAGGUUUGCUAUAAAUCUAAAGGAAAAAAAUUUGUUAUUGUUGAAUUUAAAAAUGCACAGUGUGAUUGUUUACAAAAUGAUGUUAUAAAUAAAUAAAGUACUUUUUUUUCUGUU